AUGUCGAACGUCGAUUUAUCAAGUGACGGUCUCAUCGUCGAUUAUGAUUCAAGAGGUUAUCUCCAGCAAACAUGGCCCGUGGUAGACCAAAACGCCCGGUCUGACGAAAACGAUCUAUCCCCCCUACAAACUGGCGGUCACCCUCUAGAACAGUCGGUGGCCCAGGAUCCCAACCUGAUGGUCGACUGGCAAUAUCAUCAACACUUGCAACAUACCCCUCAUCAACAACAUUUAUCUUAUUCGCCCGAGGAUCCAUCGUCCGCGCCUCAAUUUACCACCGCAAGCUAUGGAAUGGCGAUUCAAUCUUCGCCGGUGGAUCUCAUGUCGGGACCUCAGGGCCAGAUGAGUGCCGGUUUGCUCGACGGUCCAUAUCUCCCGAUGUCCGCCCCCGUCGAAAUGGUUCCAUUCACGUAUCACGAUUUUCAAGCCGACCUGAUGACUUUCCCCAAUGGCCUGUCAAGUGUAUCCUACGCGGCCCACCAUCCCGUUUUGGAAAGUAGCUCUCCGACGGACACCUAUCUCGAGGUCCGUUCUCUCUCGAGUAGCGACAACGGCUGGAGUACAGUGGAUCACCGUCGCUCGCUGGAUUUCGGUUUCCCCGAGCAGGGUGUUUUCGUCAACCCCACCCAGACGCUUCAUGACCGCAGUCUCUCAGAAUCGUCUUACUCAACAUCCUACGGCAGCUUCGUUGAUAUCGCUCAUCCCAUUAGCUCUCCCAGUUGUUCUGAAGCCAACAUGGACUUGCCAUACAACCAUAACCCGGCCCUCAGUUUCGCCAGUACUUCCCCGCCAAGUAACGCCAUUGUUCGUCGUGAUGAGCAUUCCUCACAAGGAUCUCGUUCUCCCUCUGCAGUCAGCCCCAGUGCUAUGGUCCGCCCAAUCCCAGUCCCCAUUAAGAAGUCUACCUCGCCCAGUCGCGCUUCUGGCUCUUCAUCAUCAGCCUCUCCCCCCAGCCGCAAACCGUCAAGGAAAAGCCCCAUUGCAGCUAAGACCUCGGAGACCAAGGUCCGUAAGCAGUCUCAGACCGGCAAGCCCGAGACCGAGAAGCGUGUGGGCAAGCGAAAGGGUCCUCUUAAGCCCGAUCAGCGUAAACAGGCCAGCGAGAUCCGCAAGCUUCGUGCGUGUCUGCGCUGCAAGUUCCUCAAGAAGACCUGUGAUAAGGGCGAGCCUUGUGCUGGCUGCCAGCCAUCUCAUGCUCGUUUAUGGCAGGUUCCUUGCACUCGCAUUGAUAUCAAGGAAAUUGGCUACUUCAUGAAGGAUUGGAAGGCAGAUUACGAGCGUCACAUCUCUAUGGGAUUCUCGAUCGGUAAUAUCAAGGGCUUCUCAGACCAGGAGCGCACUCUGUUCAUCACACAUGGUUAUGGACAGAUGCUGCCGAUUAAGGCUCGUGAAGUCUACGUUCGUGACGAGCAGUGCUUCACCAUGGACUGGGUUGAGUCUAUGCACCGCGAACCAACACAGUAUGAAGUUGAGACCGCCAAGCUCUCCGCUGGCAAUGAGGGUAUCUCACAUGCUAUGUUGUCCGACUACCUGGACCGCCAUAUCGACGGCAACGGCACCUUUGAGAAGUUCGUUGAUGAUUAUUUUGAGGGUACACCUUUUCUGACCCAAAUGCUGAAGACCGCUUUCCGGUACUACUACCGCACAAAGCUCCCAGUCAUCCGGAAAGCCCUGAAGCUGAUUAUCGCGUACAACUUGACUCUCCAUGUUACCUUGGUUGAGGGGUUGGGCGAAGAGGACAGCUUCUUGGGUCGCAUCAAAGAGGCCUCCUCAAAGUUCCGCGGCAAGACCUUGGCCCCCGUGAUGAUCAACUUCCAGAUCAAGUGUGCCAUGGCUAGCAUGUGGCGUGAGCUACAAAAGGAUGUGCUGGAGGAGCUUUCUGCUCUGUACUCUAGUGUAUACAGCGGAGACAAGCUGAAGAACUGGCCUACGAUCUUCAUUCUGGCCUCCAUCCUCUUGGGUGUCUGGGAGGAGAUGCAGUUCGACUGCCACUACCGUACUCCCGAUCAGUCCGCCGUCGACAAGUUCUGCACUGAUAUGGAGACUACUCCCGUUGGUGUCAUUGUCGGACUGUUCCAGGCUAUCUCGCAAAAGCUGCCUCCUUUCACCGAAUGGGACUCGCAGAAGCACCAUCAAUUGCUGUACUCCAACCCCGAUGUCUGCAAUACUAUGACUGAGGUCCGCCAACAUGUUGAACAACACGAAAACUACCUUCGUGGCCGUUCCAACUCUUCAUUUAACCGCAAUGAUUUUGAUUGUUUGUCCAACAAAUUUGUUUCUCGCCUUGUUAUUCGCGCCAACUAA